CGCCCCUCCCGCUCUUGGAUUGGUGCAUUUGUCUCAUCGCUUAGCUCGAGGAGAGAAAAAGUAACAUGGCGGCAACCUUGCGGGCCGCGAAGCGGUUUUUGCAGAUUUCCAGCAAGGUGACGCCAACAUUGUCUCGUUCAGCAUUCCAAGCAGGAAGGAAUGAUUCAAAUAAUCCUAACUGGAUAAAAGUUGGCCUGACUCUUUCUUCAACGGUCCUAUUAUGGGUUAUGCUCAUCAGGCAUCAUAAUUAUGAAUUGGCAGAAUAUGAAAGGAGAAAAACAGAGCAAGGUUCUUAAAACCAAUCUGGUAUGGUGAGUAGAAGCUAUCAUCUUAUAGCUGAUGCAUAUUCUGCAGUGAAAUUAUCAAAGCUGGAUCUAUUCCUAAUCUUCAUGAAUAAUUUUAUAACUAUUCAUAACUAUAACUAAUUUUCGUGAAAUAAAACACUGACUAGUAUGGAAAGUAACUAAAA